AUUUGAAAAUUUAUAAACCCUAGAAUUUAAAAGACAAGAAACUUGGUAAUUGGUAUAUCACAAAUUCACAAGUCUCAUCUCGUCUGUGUGCUUUGGUGGGAAAGCCGAACCCCAUUUUGUGUAGUGUGACAGCCGCAACGACAACCUUAACCAUCUCUAUUAGAAGCAGAAGCUAUGAAGUCGUUCAAUAUAAAUGGAACCACUCUUUCUCUUGCACUCUACUCCGACGUAACCAAUUCAAAAGAACUCUUGGAAAGUAUGCAAGCCGGGACAUUGGAGCCAGAAGUUGCAUUCCUCAAUGCUUUACUUAUUCCAGAUAUUUUCCCUGUUCUAGCUGCUGCACACAAGACACUUGUAGCCAAGUCACGAGAUUCUUUGACCACGCGCACUCUUCAUUCAGAGCUAGUUUACAACUACUCAGGGUCCAAGCAUAUUACUGAAUCCUUGAAAAGAUGUGGCAUCUCUGACAGCACAACUUAUGUACUUGCUGCUCGAUUUGAUGCUACUCCUGAUGUGAUAAAUGCUAUGGAGAAGCUCAUUAAUGGCAAAGAGGUUGAUCUGGAGGAGCUGGAAGGGAGAGCAAACCAAUCCCAGAUACAGAAGCAUUACAAGAUAUCUGCCUCGGAACUUGGAGUAUCAUCACUUGCUGAUGCAAUAACUUGCCGAAUAGCCGCUCGUGAUGCCUUGUGAGAAGAAUGAACAUGAUCAGCUUAUAUACUACCAGUUUCCUUAUCUUUCCUUGAUCUACCGUAGAACAUGUCAUGAAAUAUUUAACAGAAAGCUUUAAGCUCCCAUUAUGUAUACUUUAGCUUUCAUGUUCUAAUUUUGAUUUCCUUUUAAUGCCUACCUGCUUAAAUAUGUGCAUGGAGCCAUGGACUUGAUUUCUGGAGCGAUAUUGAUUAAAAGAUUACCAAAUCAGGACAUACACAAUCACUACGACUGAAUUAGGGAAUCAAAUUGUAAGACACAUGAAAAAGUGAGUGGUCUUCAUCUGAAUGUUUAUUAGCUAUGUAGACCUUAUUUUUAUUCUAUAUUCAAGUAUGAAAGUGGGAUAAUCAA